AUGUUCAAGGCAUUCUACGAGAAGUACGGUACAAGUCAUGGCUUGGCGGAUGCCACUUCACAUCAAAUUUUGAAGGCUGGAUAUUACUGGCCUAGUAUUUUUAAGGAUGCUCAUGAGCAUGAAGUCAAUGUCGUGGUUGAUAGGGAAAACACUAAGGAUAAAGAGAAAGGUGUGACUACUGAUUCACUGGCUGCAGAGGUUGAAUUAAACAUAGAACCACCUUCACAGGGAGAGCAACUGGUAGAAGUUACCACUGGGAAACUGGUAGAUAAAACAUAUAAACCAUCUGAAGAACCGGCUAAGGAAAGUUCAAAGGAAGUCAAUGUUGUGGUUGAUAGGGAAACCACUGAGGAUAAAGAGAAAGGUGUGACCACUGAGUCACCGACUACAGAGGUUGAAUUAAACAUAGAACCACCUUCACAUGGAGAGCAACCAGCAGAAGUUACCACUAAGAAAUCGGUAGAUACAAUAGAUAAACCAUCUGAAGAACCAGCUAAGGAAAGUUCAAAGGUACCAACUACGACAACAUCUGAGAAACUGGCAAAAUUGAAAGAAGUAGAACAUGAACAGGUUGAAGCAUAG